AACCCUCGCCCUCAGAUAUGUUACCGUUCUAGCGUGUUCAGUUUAUACUUGCUUUGUGUGCGGUUACUUCUAAGGCCCCUGUGUCAGGCUUUGAUGGUUCCCUUUGUUAAGGCACUUAAGGUCACUCUGAAUCGGUGACAAACCUGGGAAAUUGCCAGUAAGUAGUACCCAGUAUCCACAUCCUGACUCAGCUCUCCAGCUCUCACCCACAACCCCAGACUUGUGUUCAAGCAUAAAAAUGUUAUAAUUUACAUGGGAUGUAAACCCACCGUUAGAAUACACUUUUUUUUUGUAAUUAUGAAUUUGUGCUGAUUCAUUCCGCUGUAACUUGAUUUUCCUCUUGAAUACUUUGCAAAUUAGAUGUAACCAGCAUUUAAAAAAAAUGUCUGAUUUCCGCCAUCUUUUAUCUUUUACUUGCUUAAUCAGGAAGAGAACUCUUUAGGAGGAACUGAGAACUUCAUGAAGCACCAACAUUUACUGGCUGGGAGGAUAGUUAACAAAUACUGUUAGAGCAUACUGUCUGGGAUUGUGGAGUUUUUAAAAGGCUCUUUGAGUUGUAAUAUUUUUUAAUGGCCCCACCAUGAAGAAUAUCAUAGUCUUGUUGGGAGGGUCAUCUUUUAAGCAUGCAGCUGAACUUGGUUUUUUCAAUUUGAGAGUAUCUUUUAACAGCUCUCAGGGCCAUUUCUGAGCAAUAGAGGUUACAAGUACUCCACUGAACAACCAGUUCCAAAUCCCAUCCUCAAAUCCUGUGCUUCUGUUCCAAAUGGUAAUAGAUGCCUAAUAUUUCUUUUAUAUAAAAGAAAUGAGUAUAGCUAGUAUUGCGUUAAGAGUUGAAACCUGGCUUUUAGCUACAUGGCAUGUUAAAGUGCCUUUAAUGUGGCUGGAAGCUUGUAUUAACUGGAUCCAAGAAGAAAAUGAUAAUGUUAAUUUGAGUCAGGCACAAAUGAAUAAACAAGUGUUUGAGCAAUGGCUCCUUACUGAUCUGAGAGAUUUGGAGCAUCGUCUUUUACCUGAUGGCAUUUUAGAAGUUCCAAAAGGAGAACUGAAUGGAUAUUUUGCUCUGCAGAUUAAUUCAUUGGUUGAUGUAAGUCAACCUGCGUAUGCCCAGAUACAAAAGUUGAGAGGAAAGAAUACAACCAAUGACCUAAUUACAGCUGAAACACAAGUAACCCCAAAACCUUGGGAAGCAAAGCCUUCACGAAUGUUGAUGCUACAGCUUACUGAUGGAAUUGUACAAAUACAGGGGAUGGAAUAUCAGUCUAUUCCAGCUCUUCAUAGUGAUCUUCCUCCAGGUACAAAAAUUUUGAUUUAUGGAAACAUUUCUUUCCGUCUUGGUGUUCUCUUAUUGAAACCAGAAAAUGUGAAGGUGUUGGGAGGAGAAGUAGAUGCUCUUUUAGAGGAAUAUGCCCAAGAAAAAGUUCUUGCAAGAUUAAUUGGGGAACCUGAUCCUAUAGUUCCAGUCAUACCAAAUAAUUCUAACCAAAGCAUCCCCAGAAUUACAGAUGUUCUACAUCCUGCAUUAGGACCUUCUGAUGAAGAACUCUUGGCAAGUCUUGAUGAAAAUGAUGAGCUUGCAGCAAAUAAUAACACCUCUUUGGAAAGAAGUUGUUUCAGCACAGGUAGUUCUUCAAAUACUGUUCCCAUCAGACAGUCAGAUUUUGAACCAGGACUUGUUAUUUCUCCAAGAUCAAAAGAGAAACCACGAAACCAGUCUAUGCUUUUUACUGAUGAGGAAUUGGAUGACUUUUCAUUGGAGGAGGCCUUGCUUUUAGAAGAAGCUGUCCAGAAAGAACAAACAGAGACCAAAGAAUUACAGCCACUGACUUUGAACAGAACUACAGAUGAAAGUAUAGAGAGAUUUUCACAUAGAUCUAAUACUCUGAAUAAUUUUUCUUUGAUUUGCAAAAAUGGAAAUAAUAAUUGGAAUGAAAAAAAUUUAUCUGAGCAAAUAACUAAUGAAGACAAAUCUUUUAGUUGUCCAUCUGCUAGAGACCAAAACAGUAGUAUUGUUUCAGUUAAUCAUAAUGUACCCCUACCCCAUAAUUUUACAAAUAAAGAUAACAACUCAGAGACAUAUAAUAAAAUAAAACAAACCAGCAGUUCAGAUGGACAUUCCUUAAAUAAUAAAAUAUUAAACGGAGAGCUGGUCAAUUAUGUACCAAAAAGUUGUUCACACAUUUUUAAUAAAAAUGAGCACCACUUACAGACUUGUUCUUCAAGAUCAUCAGAGAAUAGCACUAAUCUUUCUGUCACCAUGGAUUUAUAUUCUCCACCUUUUAUCUAUUUGUCUGUUCUAAUGGCCAGCAAACCAAAGGAAGUUACAACAGUGAAAGUCAAAGCAUUUAUUGUAACCUUAACUGGAAAUCUCUCAAGUUCUGGUGGCAUUUGGAGUAUAACAGCAAAAAUUUCUGAUGGUACUGCAUAUCUAGAUGUAGACUUUGUAGAUGAAAUACUUACUAGUCUGAUAGGGUUUUCAGUACUAGAAAUGAAACAGUUAAAAAAGGAUCCUUGUAAAUACCAAAAGUUCCUGGAAGGUUUGCAGAAAUGUCAGAGAGAUCUAAUAGAUUUGUGCUGUCUAAUGACUAUUUCAUUGAAUCCCUCCUUGUCUAAGGGAACGGUACUGGCAUUACAAGAUGUUAAUGUGGAACACCUUGAGAACCUAAAGAGGCGAGUAAAGAAAUAAUUUACUAGCAAACAAUUUUAAAAAACAAGGAAAUAUUUAGAAUUAAAUUUGUCCUUUUACUUUCACAACUUUCUUUUUGUAAAAGGGGAAAAGGAUUUCAUAACUGAUUUCAGUCUAAUUUUAAAAUGUUUAAUUAUGUUUGUGUAUGUAAGUUUUUUAAAUAAAUUUUUUAUAGUAACUGCUGAAGCAAUUUGAUGACCCACUGUUGUUGAGAAAUUUUGUUUUCCACUUGUUAUUUCACAUAAGGUGACUGCUAAAGUACUGUAUUGGUGUUUACUGAUGAAUCAUACUGUUGAAAGUUAACAAUUACAAAUAGGUAGUUGAGUACUUCUAAUAUGUAGAGUACCCCAAAAGAUUUGUUUAUAUUAUUAGGAAAAAAUGUAAAUACAGUGGAUUAGAAUGUCAGACUCAGAUACAAAUUGUUUUGCUGGUUUUUGUUUUGCUGAUUGGAAAUAUUUGUCUGGUAUAUUUAAAACAAAUUAUCUUAAUUAGAUACCAUUUCAGAGAUUAUAUUGAAUAGUUAAAAACUUUAUUUUCAACGAUAAUCUAUUAUUAUUAAGAAGAUCCAGUAAGUAUUUCAUUUUUUUUUUCUGGAUUAAAAUAAGGUAUUUACACAUGU